AUGGAGGAUCCAGACAUAUGCAAAUACUACAUUGUUGGCUUUUGUCCACACGAUAUGUUUGUAAAUACUAAAGCAGAUCUGGGGGCCUGUCCGAAGGUGCACGAUGACAAUCUGCGACUGGAGUACCCUAAAAGUGACAAGUUCGAGAAGCUCGGGUUUGAAAGAGAAUUCCUGAAGUUCCUCUCGCGAUUAGAUGAAGAUAAUCAAAGACGAAUUCGAAAGAAUUUGGAAAAGUUGAAAGCAAACGAAGAGAAUGGCCAGAAAAAAGAGGACUUGCGAAAGCUUCGUGAUGAACAAGAAAUUGCCAGACUCGAUACUGAAAUCAAAGCGCACAUGGCAGAGGCUGAGAAG